CUUUGCUCCAUACCGUUUUGGGCAUGCCUUCGGUGUCAAUCGAUAUAGAUUUAUCAACAUCGGAACCUUCGACAAUGCAAAUAUCCGGAUCUUGCUCUUCUUCCGCGUCACAACAGGUACAACUUCUUACCGAUGACGUUUCUCCGAUGUCGCGUAGUUCGCUCCCGUUGAUGGUCUGUGGUUCGCUCAUUUUGAUUUUACCGCCAAAUCGUUGAAAACCGUUUUGAAAAGAACGUUAAAUGUUUGGCAUUUGAAAAUUUGAUGUUUUCGUAGAAAUUUUGAAGUGAAAAGUUAAUGUAAAUUAGCGACAACUGCCUUCAAUUAUUAUGGAAGAACAAGAAGGGGACGCACCUGAAAAACACAAGGAGGAUAAAUCAGUAACCUCACAAGUACUGGAUUAUUAUAGGUGCUUUUCCCAGAAUCGUGAACUACCCAAAUAUUUUUGCGGAACAUCGGGGAUUCAAUUACAAGAUUGGAGACAGGUACCUGCUGUUAGUCCACCAUUGGUCACAAUACCAGUUGCAGAAGCUACCGCAUCACCUUCCAGGGACAUACCAAUAAUUCAUAUCGAAAAUGUUUGUAUUCCGUCUCCAGCAAGUAGUGUUGCUUCAAAUCGCAAAUUAGAAUGGGAUAAUGGCGCAGAUAUCGGUUACAGCAACUCGACCCUUCACAAAAGUGUGUCUCUGCCUGUAUUGACGGAUGCUGAGUACACUAAACUGCGUGACAAGUUGUUAAGUCAAAAUGCAGGAGAAGGAGAGGACACGAAGCGUUCGGUUGAAGUGCAUUGCACCGAAACGAAAUUGUCUGAUCUGAGCAGCACAUCUGAAAGUUUAAAAUCGUCACCUAAAGGAUACAUCUCGACCACACCUUCUUCGGGCAGUUUUCUAAGCGAUAGUGGGUCAAGUAAGGCUCAACGUUUAAAGUCAUUAAAGGCAAAGGUGGGUUUACCCAUUGCACAAUCGACACAGCUGCUUGAUGAAAUCGAAUGCUGUUCCACUCCAAAAGUGAUUGAUCGUGGAAAAAUUGAUUUGGGAGCUAUCGAUCGUAUUUCACGCUAUAAAAACUUGAAACUGUUGAAGUUGAGUGCUUGUAAACCAGUUGUUGUCGAAUGUGCGGGGUGGACACGGCCUCCACGUGGAAAAAGCAAAACAGUGCAAACUUCAUUAUCGUUAAACGCAGUGUCGGUUGGGAUUCAAACAGACUUUGAUUUUGAGAAUUGCGGCGUAAUAACGCCUACUAAGGGAGCAGGCGAAAGGCAGAAUGUGUUUUAUGUUUGUUAUAGUGAUUCACCGACAGAAAAUGACUCUACAAAUUGUUCUACCAUGCACACACAAACUCCUUCUGAUUUCUCUAAUUGUGAUAGCUUCCAAUAUGUUGAUAAAUCGAGGAAUAAUUCCAAAAGUAGAAAAUCGGAGUCUACAGCUGAAUCUGACAAAGAGAAUUCGCCCGUAGUUAAGCUGUCUGAUAAUGAUAGUCUUACAAAGGUUUUAUUAAAUACCACUCGCGAUAACCGAAAGGACGGGGGGAAUGUGAAGGACUUACAAAGAACAGUAGAUCUGUUGCAAAAAUUAAUUCGUUCCAAAAAGUAUGACAGCCUCACAAAAAAAUUCUAUCUAAGAGCGAUUAUGAAGCAACUGGUAGACAAUAAAAGUGACAGUUCAGAGAGUGUCCUUCCUCAAAGUGAGGUGUCCGAAACCGAAGACAGAAGUAAUGAUAAGAAAAUUACAAAAUCGCCCAAACAAACUGUACUAGAAAAAUUAAAGACUGAAACAUUCGCCACUGAAAUUCCACCCACGUCAACUAAUAGCGACCGUGGUAGAUUGAAACGGAGUCGACUUCUCACUUUAACUGAUUCUGAUUUGUAUGACACGGUUGCCGCUUCUACCAAUACCACUACAAAGGAGUUUGGGGACACAAAUCUACCUUUGAGAGAAACAAAUGAUGUGCAUAGUUCACUAUCAAACAAGGAUGGCACUAAAAGUUGGCGGGAGGAUAAAACUCGAUCUGAAAAACGUUUAGAGGAAGGAGCCGGGGACUGUCACAGUUUGGGAAAAAUUACUACAAAAGAAUUAAGUGAUGGGAUUAAGGAGGUGCAGCAACUGCAAACGAAGACUUCCGCCACAAAGGAAUUACAAAAUUAUAAUGUAGAACAAUUAAAUGGUGUUGGCAAAACAACAACAGUUUACGUCCUAUCGACACAAAAAGAAAGCAUUCCUUCACAAACUGAACCAAAUUCCUCAACGGUGAAUAACAAUCCAUGUGCCUGCAGUUGCAGAUGUUCAAGCUCGAAGCCGUCAACCGUCCUUAAUACAGUUAUCGAAGUUGGAGGCGAUACGAUUCACUUGCAAGAUGCCCAUUUAAUAUCGAGCGAGGAAUUUACCACGAAAAAUGCUAACGCGCGGUGUACCACGGUAGUUCGUCGUUACACAUUCGAAAUACCACUGCAAGGCGCUCCCUCCAAGAAUGUGCAGCUUACUCCGGUUUAUAUUAACGACGACGCCAGUGGCUUUUCGAAAAGUUCGACAAUACACAAAUCGGAUGUGGCAAGUGGCAAUGUGUCGGAAAUGAGCGGAAAUUCGAAAACGUCCAAAAGUGUGUCUACACCAGGUUCAUUUUCAAAACGGGGGUCGCAAAGUUCUUCAAAGAAGUCCAAAAAAAGUAGCAGUCGAUCUGCACAUGAAGACAAUGAAAUACAGAAGAAGGAUUCCGCUUCCAAUAAAAGUGAAGGCGGCCUAGAGCAAGAUACUGAACCACCUCAAACACUCGAAAGCCAAAAGGAAAGUGAAGGCUCUGAUGAAAGAUCAUCACGUGACAAGAUUUCAAAGACCCAACUUUCUUCUGAUGAGAGCGCAAAAGAACCUGGACGAAAAGACGCAGUGGCUGAACCUGUACUUAGUUCGACCAAUAAACUCGCCGAAAAAAUUAGUGUCACAGACAUCCCAAAAGCAAACGACGAUGUAAUUACCUACAGUAGUCAAUCUGAAACAACAUCUGAAGUGGUAUAUACCGCUUCGAGUGGUAGUUUUGAAGAAAAGAACUGUGAUCAUUUAACCGGCGAACUCGUGUACCUGGACGAAAUUCCAAGUUCCUACCAAAUCAAUUUAGAACACGUGCACGUUCAAGGGAACAAAAGUGGAAGAAAUGCGACUUUGUCCAAGGAACUUGUCUACUCGGACAGUAUACCAAGUACUACCGACCAGAUUCCAGAGAAGAUCAUGAUAGAACUUUGCGAUUGUUGUAAGACUUCAAAAAGCUCAUCGUCCACAUGUGUGUGUUGUAAAGAAAGAGAGGCACAAACAGCGUCAAAGUGCUGCCAAUGUAGCAGUACUCAAAGUACUAAAGACAGUGAAAAGUACAUUCUUUGCUAUCCAUGUUAUAAUUAUCAUCAACAGUUUGUUGACGAUUCUAAGCCUUAUUUUAGAGAGGGAUACGUUUGCCAGUGUCAGACGAACCAGAAGGCGACGCGAGGCACUAUAAAAGAAAUAAAAAAGACCAUACAACAAUUAGAAAAUUUGGAAAGCACAACUGAGCUGUGCCAUUGUGAUUGCUCAUGUGACGAAGUUAUUUCCAGCACAAAUUUUUGUGAGCACUGCAACUGUCGAUUAAGACCUAGAUAUCGGAGACGAAAGGGAGGGUUGGCUUACUGUGUAACACUGGAGUCGGAUGAAAACAUCGCCAGUAAUGAACAAAAUUAUUCGAUGGAAGCAUUAGAAGAAAUUAAAAUCAAAGUCCCUAGUCCCAAUCCCACGUCAGAUCAUGUUGUCAGUUACUGCAAUUCGAAAUCAUGCAAAGCGAAGAAUUUUCAAAAAAGUUCCAAUUUGCAGUGCAAAAGAGGUAGAGAUAAGCAAGCUGCGAAUAAAAUGUCGGAUGCGUCUACCAAGUGCAGUCAUUGCUUAUACUCUUGUCGUCCUGCUGUUUCAAAUGAAACACAAACAACUAAAAUCAACCAUCAUAAUCGCACUAAUAAAACAUCUCAGCGAGUUAUAAGUACCUAUCAUUGUGAAGAAAUGCCAUCCGCCACGAAGGGUUUUAGAGCGAGCGAUUUGGAUCAUAACCAAAUUGUUACCGAAUGUGAAUAUCCGAGAUCGAAAGGCAGAAAGGAGAAGCCUUACACUUUGCAGGAGUAUCUAUGUCAGAACCGACCACGCUUUGUUGUUAUGGCAGAGCAAAGGAGACAGUGCUUACUUGACCUGGCUGCAGUUAGAGAGGAGCAUAGUGAGAAGUACAGGAAAUUACUAGCAACGACACAAAAACCAAUGUCGCUAAAUACUAAACGAUCUCAAAAUAAAGUAAAGCGCCCCUUUUCAUCUCGGGAAAUGAAACAACUUACCGCCAAAAAUUACAAGAAAUGCCCCGAAGUGCAACAAAAGUUGGUGGACGUACGAGAACGACAAAUUAAGAAAGCGAAUAAACUUAUUUAUGAUGUUUUCAAUCAGAUACCUUCAAAACCUCACCGUCUAAGCAAUAAUAAAACUGAAUUUCUGUGACAAUAUAAAAUUCAAUCUUUCAUAAAAGCGCUCAUAUUUUGCGUUGCUUGCACCUGAUGAACCGGCAACCCAUUCCCAUCUGUGGGUUUGCAGGACCAGCUCGUUUGUUUACCCCACAAAAAUAAUCUCAAAGCCAUCCAUCAAAUCUGCUGUCAACUGUGAUCUGUUAUUCUAGUGCCUUAGAGUUGUCUAGUAUCUUAUUGUGUAAUACUGCACUAUUCUUCUCUAUAGAUGCAUGUUUUUCUUAUUCUGUUGCUGGUAAUUGGUACGCACACAAACAUUACGUAUUUUAAC